UCACGUGUGAGGUCAGAAUCGGCUCUGGAAAGAAAGUCUCCACACAAAGAAACCGUCCAUGGCGUCAGGUUCAGCACUCGGACGAAGCGGGCCGAGGGUUCUCCGCCGAUUCCUCUCCUGCAGUGCGGCGCGCGGCUUCGGGAGGGGGUCCCGACCAAACGAGGUGGUGAUUGCCAGCGCCGUGCGGACCCCGAUCGGCAGUUUCCGCGGUUCCUUGUCCUCCCUCCCUGCGACCAAGCUGGGCUCCGUGGCCAUUCGGGCUGCCGUGGAGAGAGCGCAGCUCACGCCAGAGCAGAUUCAGGAGGUGUACAUGGGUAACGUGCUGCAGGCAAACGAAGGCCAGGCACCGGCGAGACAAGCUGCACUCGGUGCCGGCCUGCCUCUCUCCACUCCGUGUACCACCGUCAAUAAAGUCUGUGCAUCAGGUAUGAAGUCAGUAAUGAUGGCGGCCCAGAGCCUUGCUGUGGGGUCGACGAGAGGUCAUGGUGGCAGGAGGAAUGGAGAGCAUGUCUAACGUCCCCUACUAUCUAGCGAGGGCCCGUGCUGGUUUUGGCUAUGGUCACCAGUCAGUUGAAGAUGGAAUUAUCAAAGACGGUCUCUGGGACGUGUAUAAUCAGUUCCACAUGGGUAUGUGUGGCGAAGAUACAGCCGAAAAGUAUUCAAUUUCACGUGAGGAGCAAGACGACUACGCCAGAAGAUCGUAUGAGAACUCAAAGAGAGCGACGGAAGACGGAACACUGAGUCGUGAGAUUGUCGCAGUCUCCGUUCCUCAGAAGAGAGGAAAACCUGACAUUGUCGUAACGCAGGACGAGGAAUUCUCCAGAGCUGAUUUCACAAAGUUCCCUGGCCUCAAGCCGGCGUUCAAGUCCGAGGCAGAAGGGGGUACCGUCACGGCAGCCAACGCCAGCACCCUCAACGAUGGAGCUGCAGCCCUCGUACUUAUGACUGCGGCUGCGGCCAAGAAACACAGAGUUGAACCUCUCGCCAGAAUAGUUGGAUUUGCAGAUGCUGCUCUAGCUCCGAUAGAGUUCCCCACAGCGCCGGUGGUUGCCAUGUCUAAAGUCCUCGCCGCGUGCGAUCUGACGAAAGAAGACAUUGCCAUGUUUGAAAUCAACGAGGCAUUCUCGGUGGUGGCGCUGGCUAAUAUCAAGAUCAUGGAACUGAAUCCCGACAGAGUCAACAUCAAUGGAGGGGCAGUUUCAUUAGGGCACCCUAUUGGAAUGUCUGGGGCCCGUAUCACAGGACACCUUGUACACGGACUGGAACCGGGACAGAAGGGACUCGCCGGGAUAUGCAACGGAGGGGGCGGGGCUUCAGCCAUCGUCAUAGAGAAACUCUGA